AUGACUGAGCUGAAGAUGUCGUGGGUCGGAAGAUGCGGCGGCUGCGGCAAGGAGCUGCGCAUGAAGGACGACCCCCCGCCGGCGGCGUGCGCGAGGUGCAAAUCGCGCUGGUACUGCGGAAAAGAUUGCCAGGUGAAAGAUUGGCAGCGCGCGACGAACGGGCACAAGGAGAUGUGCGCCGUGCUCGCCGCGCUGACGGCGAAGAACGACGACAAGGCGAUGCAUCGGUCGAUGAAGACGGUGGACUCCACGAGCGAGGACCUGUUGAGUCGAUGCAACGAGAUACUCGAGAAGCAGACCAAGCCGGGGAUGCAACUCCGCGAGAUGAUCGAAGACGUGGUCCGGAAGCAAAAGAGCUCGAAGAAGUCGCGGCACCUCAUAAUGAUGGGCGCGAGGACGAUCGAGGACAACCAGUGCACGCUCAUGGCGCUGGACGAGAAACAGGUGAAGGAAAUGUUGAAGGACGACCCGGACUUCGCCAGGCACGCGAACUUGGUGUCGUCGUACGACCCGUCCACCGAGCUCGUGAUCGCGUUCGACGUCGAGUCGCCGCCGAAUUACAUCGUAUUCCGAGCCGCGAUGAAGGACCUGCCGCACGGGGGAUAUUAA